CUCUCUCUGCUGGGCUUCAGUGCAACCUGACACUCCCUUAGCAGGGACGCCCAACAGGAACACAGCCAAACUCAACUUUGGGGAAAACGAAACAACCAGAAAAAGAAAGCACCACUGAGGCCCCGUUAUCCUGGGAUCCGCAUCCUCAGGCCAUCUGCUCCGCUCCACACCAUGAACCACAACUCCCAGCCCUUCGUCCCUGGCGCCCGCGCCGGAGUGUAUCCAUCCAAUGAGGUGCUCAAGGAGGAACACGAGGUGUCUGUGCUGGGGGGUCCCCAGAACUCGAUGGCAGCGGGGACGACGGUGAUCAACAUCCAGACUGACACGGUGGUGCCCGACCACAUCGUCUGGUCCCUGUUCAACACCCUCUUCUUCAACACAUGCUGCCUGGGCUUCGUGGCGUUCGCCUUCUCCGUGAAGUCUAGGGACCGCAAGAUGGUGGGAGACGUGAUUGGGGCCCAGAGCUAUGCGUCCACCGCCAAGUGCCUGAACAUCUGGGCCGUGGUCCUGGGCCUCCUUGUCACACUUGGGAUCAUCAUCACGGUCGUGAUUAUCACCACUGGAGUGUCUCACCGCUAGAGGGAUUCCUAUCACCUGCCCUAAGACUGAGGCCCUCCCCCCUUUCCCAGCUGCUACACGCACAUGUGUGUACAAUGGAGUUCAAUAAAGCAAAUGUCUGUGUUAUCUUAAAAAAACCAUU